UGGCAGUACAAAGGAAACAUCUCAAGUGGUUUUUCUGCAGUCACGGUGGCAGUGGCAUUUGAAACAUGGCAGACAUCAUUGACUGUAAUUUUCCUGUGUGGGGCCUACUGCCUAAAAAAGAAACAGGUGUCACUCAAUUUCUCACGAAAUAUCCCGAAUACGAUGGACGAGGCGUCGUUAUUGCUAUUCUCGAUUCCGGUGUCGAUCCUGGAGCACCGGGUAUGCAGGUGACCUCGGAUGGGAAAACAAAAAUAAUUGAAAGAUUUGACUGCAGUGGUGCUGGCGAUGUUGACACAAGCAAAGUUGUACAGGCUCCAGAUGGAUAUAUAAUUGGUAUCACAGGUCGUAAAUUAAAGGUCCCUACGAAUUGGAAUAAUCCAAGCGGCGAAUAUCAUAUCGGGGUAAAAAAUUUAUUUACAUUGUAUCCUGGCAAAUUAAAAGACAGAGUUACAGCAGAAAGAAAAAAAAGAUUUUGGGAUGACGGACAAAAAGCUGCUCUCGCAGAAGCUUCUAGACAGUUACAAGAAUUUGAGGCGAAGAACUCACAAUUAUCCACCUUAGAAGAAAAAUUAGAAAAAGAGGAAUUAGAAGCUAGAGUUGAAGUACUCAACAAUGCAGAAAAAAAAUAUUCAGAUUCUGGACCUAUGUAUGAUGUUGUUGUAUUCCACGAUGGCAAUGUCUGGAGAGCAUGUAUUGAUACUUCUGAAGAAGGCGAUUUAGAAGCUGGUGUUUAUCUUGGAGAAUAUUCUUUGACAAGAGAAUAUGCUCCCCUAAAUCAAGAAGAUCAGUUAAAUGUUAGCAUUAAUGUUCAUGAUGAUGGAAAUACCCUUGAAAUAGUUAGUCUCUGUUCAAGUCACGGAACGCACGUAGCUUCAAUAGCAGCAGCAUAUUUUCCUGAAAAUCCAGAAUUAAAUGGUGUAGCACCUGGUGCUCAAAUAAUUUCACUAACAGUCGGAGAUGGACGUAUAGGCACUAUGGAAACAGGAACAGCAAUAGUAAGAGCAAUGAUACACAUCAUGCAGCGUAAAGAAAAAAUUCAUGUUAUAAAUAUGAGUUAUGGUGAACAUGCUCAUUGGUCUAAUACAGGACGAAUAGGAGAAUUAAUGAACGAAGUUAUUGAUAAAUAUGGUAUAACGUGGGUUGCGUCUGCUGGAAAUCUUGGACCAGCAUUAUGUACUAUUGGAACACCACCAGACAUCAAUUCAAACAGUAUUAUUAGUGUUGGUGCUUAUGUUUCACCUGAUAUGAUGGUGGCUGAAUACUCCCUGAGAGAAAAAAUGCCUGGUAUGCCAUAUACAUGGUCUUCUCGCGGUCCGAUGAUAGACGGUGGUUUUGGUGUUACUGUAUGCGCUCCUGGUGGAGCUAUUACGAGUGUUCCUAAUUUCACAUUAAGAAAAAGUCAACUUAUGAAUGGUACAAGUAUGGCCAGUCCACAUGUCACUGGUGCCAUUGCGGUACUUAUAUCUGGACUUAUUGCUAAGGGUUGUGCAUAUUCUCCGUACAGUAUCAAAAGAGCGCUUGAAAAUACUGCUUUAUACAUAUCGAAUUUAGAUCCAUUUGCACAAGGUUCAGGUUUAUUGCAAGUUGAACGUGCAUUUGAUAAUCUCGUUACCUAUUGCGAUGUACCAGAAAGAGAUAUCAGAUUUUCAAUCAAUUGUGGGACAAAUAAUUCCAAAGGAAUUCAUAUGAGAGUCGGUGUUAUUGAUCGGCCGAAAGAUUAUUCAGUUACUGUUGAACCAAUAUUCCUUGAUAGUGAAAACACUGAUCCAUCACGUAAAAUUGAUUUUAAUUUAAAAUUGACUUUGGUGUGCGAGGUAUCUUGGGUUCGAUUCCCAACGCAUCUUGAUCUAAUGCAUAUGCCCCGUGCUUUCGCAAUUAGUAUCGAUGGUUCUAAUUUGCCAGAAGGUGUUCAUGCUACAAGUGUUAGAGCUUAUGAUGUAACCAAUAUUGCAAAAGGGCCAGUGUUCCAAAUUCCUAUCACGGUAGUGCAACCAAUGGUACUGCCAAAAACAGCUCUUCUCCCUGAUCUAACAUAUACAAAUGUUUUAUUUAAACCAAAUACAAUCCAGCGUCAUUUUAUUCUCGUUCCCGAAGAUGCCACGUGGGCAGUCCUCAAGAUAAGGAGUACGGAAAAAGACAAGACUAGUAGAUUUGUAGUUCAUACAAUUCAACUGAAACCACGAUUAGCAUGUAAAACACUUGAAGUUAACAAAAUGAUAGGAGUUACACCACAAGCAGAAUGUGUACAACCAUUUGCUGUUGAGGGUGGUUUGAUUGUGGAAGUUGUUAUUGCAAAAUAUUGGGCAAAUUUGGGGGAUAUGUUAAUAGAUUAUACAAUAGAAUUUCAUGGUCUUCGUAUAAUAAAUGGUAACUUAACGAUGCAAUCGGGCGAUGGUAUAAAUCGCUUAGAAUUACGAAGUUCUUUGAGAAUCGAAGAAGUUGUACCAUGUGUCACUCUUAAAUCAUCUGUACAAAUUUUAAAACCGACGGAUUCAAAAAUUAUUCCUUUACGAGCUCGUGAUGUUAUUCCACCUGCCAGACAAAUUUAUGAAUUACAAUUAACAUACACAUUCCAUUCGGCAAAAGCAACUGAAGUUACCCCAAAUGCUGCAUUACUUAGUAAUUUGCUGUAUGAGAGUGAAUAUGAGAGUCAAAUGUGGAUGAUAUAUGAUUCCAACAAACAACUUAUUGCCUGUGGUGAUGCAUACCCAUCUAAGUACACUAUUCAAAAAUUGGAAAAAGGUGACUAUACAUUGAAGAUGCAUGUGCGUCACGAAAAGAAAGAGUUAUUAGACAGAUUAACAGAUAUGCCUUUGCUUUUGAGUCAAAAACUUAACAAUCCAAUAAUACUUGAUAUUUAUGCCAGUCAAUCUCAGGCCAUAAUUGGUGGAAAAAAGAUGGUCGCUGCAUCUAUUCCACCUGGACAUAUUCUUCCCUUAUUUGUUGCACCUAUGUCAAAUGAAAACAACCAUUAUUUCGACCGACUACCCAUAAAUAGACAGAAACAAAAACAGUGCAACUUCAUGAGGCAUAGCGGAUUGUUAAAUAGUGGGAAUCGUUUUCUCUCACUUUAUUACCGAAGAAGAAUAUCCAAAGGUGCUACUCUUGGUAGUUAUCUUCAAGGUACAAUUACGUUUUGUAAAGACGAGUUGGAGAAGAAAGUAGAUAGCCAUACGUUUAAAUACAUAUUAUCUGAAUCUACUAAGAAAUCAAGCAAUGCUACGUCUAAAACGGAUAAAGAAAAGACUACCAAAUGGGAUGAAUAUAAUGAGGCAUUACGAGAUUUAAAAUGCACAUGGCUUGCAAAACUCGCACCAUCUAUAAAACCAGGUGAAUAUGCAAACUUAUUGUAUGGAGAAUUGAAGAACAUCUUCUCAGACCACUUGCCUGUACACACUGCUAUGUUAACAUCUUUGGAUUCUCCUGAAGCACGUCGUCAUGUACCUCAUGAUGAUAUCUCUGAAAAUUCUAUUGCUCUGGCCAAUCAAAUACUAGCCGUUGCAGAUGUUGUCAUAACAAAUAUUGAUCAGGAUAAACUAUUAGCCUACUAUGGCCUAAAGACUGAUCAACGACCUGAUGCUGCCAAAAUUAAAGCAACGAUGGAUAAGCAAAAGAAUACAUUAGUAGAAGCAUUGGUGAAGAAAGGUUGUGCGUUAGCACGAUUAUACGUUCAUGGUACAAAAAAAGGUGACGGUAAUAGUUCUCACGAGCAUUUACUUGAGGGUGUUACUAACGUAUGGCAAGAAGUACAGAAAUUUGCUGAACCAACUGAUACUAAGGUGCUUAUAUUAUCUUUGUGGCACGCACAUAUUAAUAAUCACUAUGGACGUUAUUUGAAAUUAUUGACACGUUUUUAUGAAGAAAAACCAUUAAAAGAAGUAGACGAAAAAUGUAUAGAAAUUACAAGGAUCUUGGGUUGGAAUUAUUGGUCGCGUCAUCUAAUCACAAGCAUACCAACACGUUAUCCAGCCGCAUAUAGGACAUUUUGAUCAAUAAUUUAACACAAUUUGUGGCUAUCACCAUAAUAAAAAAAAAAAAACUCUAAAAAUGAGUUUUUAAUUGCACUGUAAUGAUAAUGACAUUGUGUCAUGCAGAUGUAAAAUACAUUUAGAAAAAUAUUAUUUUAUUCAUAGAGAAAAAAACAAAAAUAAUAAUAAUAAUUAUAAUAAUAAUAUUAAUAAUAAUAAUAAUAAUAAUAAUUUAGAGAAAUAAUUAAAAUACUAAACUCUUAUAAAAAAUGAGUCAUAUUCGUACCUACGACGUAUAUGGUUUGUGCAAACCAUCAAAAAAUAACUAUAAAUCGUUUUUUGCUUACACAAAUAUCAUAUAGCAAUAAUUGUAUUGAACAUUUUUCAUUAACACAAUGCAAUGCUAAAGAUUUUAGUUAAAUAUGUGAGAUGAGAUUAGCAAAAUAUUUGACGAUAUAGAUGAAUAUAAAUUUUGAUUGCGAUAUAUGCGGGGCUGACUCUACGCUUCAUCAGAAGUGUUAUAUACUUUGAGACUGCAUUUUAAAGGCGCUUAUUACGUCAUAUUGAUGGCUGAAUAAUUGAUUGAUUGCAUCAAUAAGUUCAGGCUAUAUAACAUACAGACUUCUUUUAUGGAAAAAAAAAAAAAAAAUAAAAAAAAACUAAUUUAUCUAUACUUUAAAUGGCA